AUUGAGUGCACUGUCCCGAUGGUGGAUUGACAAUUGUAUAUUCUGCCCGAUAUCUUCGCUGCAAAGAAUCGAUUCAGUACUGCCAUUACCAAUACACCUCUGUCUGACCAACUCCACUUCCGUCACAGCCUUCACGCGUUCAUUUCCACUCUUGGUUGCAUUGCCUACAUUAUGUAUCCGACCUCAGCAGGAUGCGCGAGGGUUCUGAUGGCUUGCCCUGCCCCCGCCAUGCUGCGAGGACCGCUGCUUCGUCCAUCAACCACCGCUAUCAGAGGCCUGAGGGGCAGUCCCCUGCUUUAUCAUUACGCCACCACUUCGAAUAACAACGUGAGAUAUUUCUCGUCAACUUCUCGUCGGUGGAUUAAGGAAUUUUUUGCGCCCCCGAAGGAGACGGAUCAUAUCGUCGAGUCGGUAACGACAUGGAAACAUCCGGUAUUCACCGAAAAACAAAUGAAAGAAAUUGCCAUUGCCCAUCGAGAAGCAAAAAACUGGUCAGAUUGGGUUGCCCUGGGCACUGUCCGCUUCCUGCGUUGGGCUACAGAUCUGGCAACUGGCUACAGGCAUGCUGCACCUGGUAAGCAGGGGGUGGAAGUGCCAGAACAAUUCCAGAUGACUGAGAGGAAAUGGGUCAUCCGCUUUAUUUUCCUGGAAACUGUUGCUGGCGUUCCUGGAAUGGUUGGCGGUAUGCUUCGUCACCUCCGAAGCUUGAGGCGUAUGAAGCGAGAUAAUGGCUGGAUCGAAACUCUCUUGGAAGAAGCCUACAACGAACGCAUGCACCUGCUCUCCUUCCUAAAACUCGCACAGCCGGGCUGGUUCAUGCGCCUAAUGGUCUUGGGAGCCCAGGGCGUAUUUUUCAACGGCUUCUUCAUCUCCUAUCUGAUUUCUCCACGCACCUGCCACCGUUUCGUCGGAUACCUCGAAGAGGAGGCCGUCAUGACAUACACCCAUGCGAUCAAGGAUCUCGAAUCUGGCAAGCUCCCCAACUGGGCGAACCAGCCGGCUCCGGAUAUCGCCGUCGCGUACUGGCAGAUGCCCGAGGGGAAGAGGACGAUUCUCGAUUUGCUAUAUUACAUCCGUGCCGAUGAAGCGAAACACCGUGAGGUCAAUCACACGCUGGCUAAUCUCAAGCAAGGUGUGGACCCGAAUCCGUACGCGUCCAAGUACGAUAAUCCCGAGGCGCCGCAUCCUACCAAGUCGGCUGAAAUUGUUAAGCCCACUGGCUGGGAACGGGAUGAGGUUAUAUGAACUGGUGCAGCACCUUUUUGUUACUGUUCUAACCCACUCGCCUACAAUGCCAUUCUGAUAUGGGCUUCUGCCAUUAUCGCUAUCUUUUACUAUUGAUAAGCAAAGUGAUCGUUUGUGGAUCUGGUGUUAAACCACGAGCUGCACUUUUUUUUUCGUUUUUUUUUUUUCCUUUUUGUGUCGUUUCCUCACUUGUCUAUGUGAUACCCUGCUUCCCAUCUCCAUUCCUCAUUCAAACAUAAAAACAGCAGUGAAAGCAUCAUUAGCAUUAUUGGACGGGUGAUUUUACAUUGAGUAUUUGCAAAAAGUGGUGAAGUUUUGGCAAACUUGAAUUGCGGGUUCAUUUCAUUAUUUUGUUCUUCUUUUACGGAAAGGAAGGUUGCUAGUUGUGAUUUUCAAUGUUAUAUUUUAUACAUUAUGUGUUUGUUUUAAUUCAUUGUUUUGUUUUCUGUUCUCCACCCGAGGAGCUAGAAAUAGAUAAAUGCUUCACGGCCGGCAAAAAAUUGCAUCAGCUUAUACAAUUUUUUUUUAAAAAACCAAGAACAUCUAGGCGCUUUAUUUUUAUAUGUAGGAUACAAUAUAUUAAACUCGCG